AUGCUUCCUGUCAUCCUCGGAGCCUUGGCUCUCCUUGCUAGCCCAACGACAGCCCAAUGCGACGUCGCUAUCCUUCAGCAAACGGCAGUGGACUACCUCACUACCGCAACUACUGGCCAAAACAAGCUUUCCCUCGCAGAUUCCAUGACCUACACCGAAAACGCAAAAUCAGCGAAUACCAAAUCUGGCAUGCUCUCCAAAGCCCUCAAGAUCUCACAUAACCGCACACUACUCGACACGACGCAGUGUGCAACCUACACUGAACUUAUUGCUCCCGAUAACACGCCACCGUAUGUUAUCGGAACCCAAAUCCGGCUCGAUACAGCAUCCGGGAAAGUAAACAAAUUGGAAUCGAUUAUAACGACCACGGGGGAUUGGUUUUUUGACGCAAAGAGCACGCUUUCGUAUUCGUUGAAGGAAAAUCGAGAUCCGAUCCCGGAAGCAAAGCGCGACACACGUGCUGUUAUCAAAGCGGCUGCUGAUGCAUACCUAGACCUUUUCAAUAACAAGAGUGUCAAAGUGCCGUGGGGAAAUCCAUGCGAGCGGGUUGAGGGUGGUCAUUACUUUGGACCGGACUGCAAUGUUGGUGUGCCAAGUGGUGUGCAGUUGGUGAAUCGGCGAUAUGUGUGUGAUGAGACGGUUGGGACUUGUGAUGUUAUGUUGGCAUUUGGGGGCGCGAGUGGAAUGCCGGAUAGUCAUGAGUUUAGGAUUGAAGGUGGGAAGAUUAGGCUGGUGCAUACUAUCACGGCGGGAAAAAUGUAG